ACAGUUAAUUAAGCAGAGAAGCUUUCCGAAAUUAGCGCACUGUGAGAGGUUACAGUUCAGAGGUUACCAAAACAAAGCACCAUGGCAGCCUGCGAGCUGAAAGGAGAGCUGAGGUUCCGAGACGGAGAGACGAAGACGAUCGCCGUAAAAGCAGAGAACAACUUAAAGUCAAUCAUCAGUGGCGUCAAGAAAUUAAACUCGGAGGUUUCCGACGUGCUGACGAGCCUCGUGGAGAAAGAGAAGUGUUUAAGCGGGGACGGGAAUAAAGGAAGCUCUCCGGUGGACGAGGAGGAGGACGAAGAUGACAGUGAUGAACAAGAAGAGGCCAAAGACACCACUGUAGUGAAAUCAAACUCAGACGGACCUCCAGCAAAGCGUCUGAAGUCUUUAAAGCCUUGACAUUGCAUUCUCCAUGUGAAAUGGAUAUACUGGGGCAAAACACUGCAGUGCUGGUAUAGCAGCAUGCUGAAUGAUAUGCAGAGGUGUAAACUUAUCACUACUGCAGCUUCAGAUGUAAGGAUGGACCUUCAGACAGAGCAUCUAGAAGAAGAGCUGUUUUGGAUAGCUGCAGUCUUUUGGAAGAUUUGAAAGCCUUUUCAUUGUGGGAAUAACUUUAACAUCUUUUUUGUUGGACAUUUUGAAAGUUCUAAUUAUGUGUUACUGUAUAUUGCUAAAGUAGUAACACUUCCUUGUGUAAAAGUAAAUAAAUAUCUAAAUAUGAAAAACUGA